AUGGCCCCUCGUCCUCGACUACGAUCAAGCAGCAGAAAGGACACGCCUCUUUCUCCUCCAAAAGCCGCUUCGAUCAGUGUUGUUAUCGACGCGCUACCAGAUCAAAACAAAAGUCGAACACGGUCAUCAAGCCGAGAAGCAACGGCAGCGCAACAACUACUACAAGACCUUAAUCAGGUUUUGCCUACUGUCACUGAAGCGGAACCGGUAUCGGAGCAAACCGAAAGCCUUGAAGGCAGUAUUUCUGCCUCAUUUGAGGCGACUUCUACAGGAUCAUCCUUUGAGAGUCUGUUGGAUGCCCUGGACCGAGAUGCGAUUAUCGAGAAUUUGAUUGAUUUACGCAAUAAUUCAAUCGAAUUAUUCUCAAUAUUAGGGGCUGAUGAAACAAGGCUAGCGGACAUCUGUUCGAAGCUGCUGCAAAUCGAUCCUUCGCUGCACCGAAGAUUCCUGUCUCGGAAGAAGCGGUUCCUCACCACCAAGGAAGCAUACGGAGGUGGCCCAGAUUUUAUCUUUCCAGGACUCAUCGUUCGUAAAAUCCUUGGUGAUGCUGAACUGCGAGAGAUCAACAAUGGCCUAUGGCGCCCUGAUGGUGUCCUCUACUUGGCGAAUCUAGCCUUGCAGCUGGUCAGGGUAUUCAGCCCCUCGUUAGAUGAGCGUCACUCUUACCUCGAUUUUAUGUUCAACAACUUCCCGGAACCGUUCUAUGAUCUCGCCUCAUUCCCCUUUCUGCCCGCCACGGUCAAAGACACAUUCGACAUCCACACUGAAAUUCUAACGCAAUUCUACAUCAGAGAAGUCGCGAUUAAGCACCACGAUGAGAAAUUUGAUCCGGAUGAAUUACUUGGAGCUGUCUUUUGCGACGAAAGCAAUCAGAUCAAGGGAUCAUCAGACAAAGCGACGCACUCGAAAGCAAUGGCACGAAUGUCCUCCAUUAAAUCCCACUUCAACACGGAGAAACGUCCGUGGAUCAAUAUCGAGGCCCUGGAACAGCAAUUUCCUUGGUCCAAUUUUGUUGUACAGGUGGUCAAGUGGAGCGUGGCUCGCAAAAACGAGCUAGAAGAAAUGAUCAGGUCGAGAGGAGGCAUGGACAAGCUCAUCGAUUUGCUUUAUGCCGAAGAUUUUCAGGAUGAUGCAGCUCUAUCCGACGGGUUUUCGCAGGGGUCGGAGCUAGCGACUCCCAGCACUGAAGCGCAGGAACCAGCCCCAGUCGAUAUUAAAGCAGAGGAGCUUGAGGAUGCCAAUAUCAGACCUACACAACUGACGCAGAGGGCGGCGGCCGGGGGUUUGUCGCGGAAAGCCAUGAAAGCCAACAUCAACAGACUAAAGGCUCUCAGAGCUGAACAUUCAGUCCGCGCAUCCGGUGCCAAAAUUAAUCACGUUGACUGCGGUCCGCCCGAAUCAGAGCUUGAGAUCUCACAGUCACUAUCACCAGUUAUAGAGGAAACUCAAGAAACAGCCGUGGGUGAAGAUGAUGAUCAGGCACAAAGGCUUGCUCAAGCUCGUGCGUCCAACGAGGAGAUCGUCCCGACCCAGCAAACAAACUUAGUCUUAGAGACCGUCCGCCGACAGAUUGAGCAGAGCGACAAGGAAAAUAAGAAACGGACAGCGAAGAAGGCAUCAUUGCUCGACCGGCAAAAUGGGGCAGAAAGGGUCGAAUGGGGCGAACCCGCUGAUGACGAAGAUACUCCCUCUCCACCCCGCCGGCUUCCGAAGCGUCCACGGCCUCGAAGGGCGGAAGAUAAUGAUGACCAUGACGAAUUUGAGACGGACAGCAGAGCCAGAAAGAGACGUCGUGCUAGUCAUGAGACCAGCCAGCAGCCAUUAGGGUCGACUCGUCCGAGGUUGCCAUCCAUAGAGGAAGAUGCCACAGCAAUCAAUGAUGAGCUUGCUCAUCCCUCUGACAGAUCCCGGACGGUUGAAUUUGCAAGUCGAGGUCAGCCGUCAAGACGGGCCCGAGCAGCACCUUCAAAGUCACCAGAACGCUCCCGUCGCACGUUGCCGGUCUCGUUAUCACAGCCAGCGAGAUCCGGUACACAGGGAUCACCAUCAAGUCGAGCACCUCUUCGACCUAUCCCAGCAGCUGAACGGCACCCACCUCCUUCGACCGCACCCACCCGGACCCAGCCAGAGAGCCUCAGAUCGUCCAGAGCACCGUCACUGGAACCACCUCGGUCCCAAAUUGCCGAUGUGAACCGGGAAGCCAAAGCGAGGGUGCGCAUGACCCGCGAUUUACUGCCCACUCGAGGAGGCGUGCAAAUUCGCAGACCUUAUACCGAACAGGAGACCACAAGAUUGAUGGAGAUGAUUGAGUUAUACGGGACGAGGUGGGCGAGAAUCCUGGAAGAAGACAGUGUACACGAAGACGGGCCGCUGUUGCAAGGGAGGACCCAGGUGCAGCUGAAGGAUAAGGCGCGGAAUAUCAAGCUGGAUUUCCUCAAGGCGGGUCGUCGCUUGCCCCCAGGCUUCGAGACUGUGAGCGUCGGCCAGAGCAAGAUCCAGGAGCUACGAGAACGCGGUAUCGACUACGUUGAAGGAGAGGAUGCGGCCCGCUUUACCGGACGGGAACCGACUGCCGAUGAUGGCUAUGAUAUCCAGGGAGAAGCUGACGACGACGGUAGCGAGGAUUAA